AUGUGUUCCGUGGUGCCCGAUUAUUCUCCGGGCUUUAAGAAGCCGCCGGAGAUUUUGCGCUUGAAGAGGAAGAGGUUUCGGCGAAGCGAAACGGCCGCGCUCUCCGGAGAGUUUUUAAAAAGUCGUGGCAAAGAUGGGUUCACAUGUAAAGAAGAGCUUUCUAAAAUAGCAACUGCUGAAACACUGAUCAAAGACUCUUGUUUGGCCAUUUCCAAUACUGAUGUUCUUUCUUCGCCAAGUUUUGAAUUUCCUGCAGAUUGGAGUAUUAAAACUCGUCUUCUAGUCACUUCUUCUCAAUCAUUUGCAUGGGCAGAUCACUUAAAAGCUCAAGAAGAAUCCCAAGGAUAUAUCCAGCAUUGUAGAGCAACAUUAAUAAACUUACCCCAAAGUAUACAGGAGCCAAAACUUUCCACAGAACUGCGAUGUGCUUUCCAGCAAAAUCUAGUGUAUUGGCUUCACCCCUUCUUCCCAUGGCUACCACUUUUUCCUCGAAUUGGAGCGGACAGAAAAAUGGUUGGGAAAAGUCAUCCUUGUGCCUUUAAUGAAGAACUCCAACAAAUGUUCAUGAGUGAUUGGUCUCUCAGUUUUACCUCUCUUUAUAACCUGUUGAGAGCCAAGUUGUGUCCCUAUUUCUAUGUUUGCACUUAUCAGUUCACUGUACUGUUCCGUGCAGCAGGACUUGCUGGAAGUGAUACGAUCACUGCAUUAAUUUCUCCCACAACCAGAGGAUUAAGGGAAGCCAUGAAAAAUGAAGGUAUUGAAUUUGAUUUACCAUUCCAAGGAAUUAGACAAAAAAAAUUCAGUGCUGCAGCUUCUCCUUUAGAAACAGAAGAUGAAAAAGAUACUGAAAUAAUGGGCAACGAAAUUGAAGAAGAAUUGGGAGUGAAUGGUGGCGAUGGCAGUGAUGAUGAUGAUGAUGGAAUUUUAUGGCUGGUGGAAAUGGGAGUCGAAGACAAAAUUAAAAAACCAGACACAAUUUUUACCAAAUUUUCCAAAGAAAAAACUGAGAUGAAAUUGGAUCACAGGCCUGAAUCUGUAGUGUUAGUAAAAGGGACCAAUACAUUCACUUUGCUGAACUUCUUGAUGAAUUGUAAAAGUUUGGUGGCUUCUGCAGGUCCUCAGGCUGGAAUCCCUCCAACAUUGCUGUCCCCAGUUGCUUUUAGAGGCGCAACAAUGCAGACACUCAAGGCCCGAAGCAUAAAUGUGAGAACACAAGCCCAUUCGCAUUAUAAAGAUCUAUUUAGCUUGGAGAUUGUGGGCCCUAUUAUGCCCCAUUGUCUCCAUUCUUUGUCAAUGCUACUGAAAUCUGCUCAAAGGGGAACUUUCUCCGCUGUAUGUUAUACUCAUGAACCAACAGCUGUGUUCAACACAGGUAUCAGCAACAAGCAGCAUAUGAAGGUAAAUACUUGCAUUUAUCCUAGACUUUCCAAUUGUGGAUUGCAUCCUAAUACUUUAAAUCAACUUACCCUUAAUUCAACACUAGGAAAAUCUUCAAUACGACUUCUAGAAAUGAGUGAUUAUCUCUACACAUGGAAAACCUAAGCAACUAAAUGAUAAUUUAAAAUGGAGCACUUCCUUGUACUCAAUGAGAAUAAUUUUAUUCAUUAAUAGACUUUUUUGUAUAUAAUGCUUAUAUACAAAAGCUCUGUUACUUUUCUUAAACUUGUAAAUCUGAAGUAUACAUUUUAAAUUAAACUUUUAAGAAUUGGACAUUUAUAAUUGUAUGGAUCUAAGGAAGACAAUUGGGUGAGGAAAAAAUGUUGCAAUACUCCCUUCUACUGUCCAUGGCUUUUUCCUUUAUUAUAUAUGUCACACUUCUUAAUACAAAUGCUGACGCCUUCAAAGCAUCCAUACUAAUAGUUUUAACCAGAUCACCCUUCAGGAAGUGGCUACUAUUAAAUGGACAUGAAAGGCACCACAGCUUGCAGCAGCAUUUCAGAAAUGAAACAAAGAUGGUAAAAAUGGUAAUUUCAUAUUUUAGGCAGUACUGCCAAAAAUCUCUGGGAUAGAAAGGCUUUUUAAAAAAAAUAAUUUUAGUUGUUACAUGUUCAUGCAAUAACUUGAAUGAGCUGUGAACAAAACACAGAAUUUGAUCUGUACACUAGAAUGAAUGGCCAAAUAAGCAAGGCACAUUAUGAAUAUGGACUGAAAUUAAAGUAUUCCUAAUAUUUGCAGUUCAGAUGUAGACUGAACUGGAUCCUUGGAUCCUUUAUUCAGGUUCUCAACUACCAUAGCAAAAAACUACAAUGAUUCUGUUAGUAGCUAACUGUUGCAUAGUAAUUCAGAAUUACUUGGGGAGAUGAAGCAUCUAAACUAAUCUUCAAAUGUAGCUAAUUUGAUAGACAUAGUAAUAAAUAUAGUAAUGAUUUCACCUUCUGCCAUAUAACAUCAACCUUUAAUUAAAGGCCAACUAGAAAAUAGUUCCAACUUGCUCUCAGCC